AUGAUUCAUCUCUAUUUACAAGUAUUCAAAGAAAAACAAUCCUAUCAGUUAAAGAGCAAUUAUUUAUUUCUUACCAACAAGAAUAAUAACUAUCUUCUUUAAAAAAUAAGAUCUUUCUUUAUAAACUUGCAAGAAACUCAAUCAGCUAAAGAUUUUUAAAAUAUCAUUUUAUAGAAAGAUAUAUAACCCUAAUAUGUUCAUUAAAUAGGGAUAAAUAUUUAAGAGUCAAAUUGGAAUGAUGAACUUUCAAGUGCUGUUUCUUGCUAUUUAAAAUAGCUUAUCUAGCAAUUACAAACAAUUCUUUCAGGAAACACUGUUCUUGAGGAGUUGAAUCUACAAUCGUUUGAAAACAGUUACGAUUCAGAAGCUCACUCAUAUUUAUGCAGAGCUUUAUAUAAAAACAAUCAUCUUUAAAAACUUGUUUUGUAAACAAUAGUAGAGCCUCCAAAAUUCUGGGAUAAUUAAGUGGAAAAUCUAAGUGUCAACUCCUAUCUUCAGAAUUUGUUAAUAAGAUUCUUGGGAGGCGGUAAUGAAAAAAGGCUUGCUGUAGCUCUUAAUAAUUUAUAUAAAACAAUAUCUCCAGUUAUAAUUACAGUCAAUUCACCUCACAGCUCUAUCUAAAACUUUAGAUAGUUGUAAAAAAUAAAGUAAGAAAUGUUUUUACAAUUAUCUGUAUCCUCCAUUCUUAUUAAGCCUACCUAAGCAGUAAACCCAUCUCAGAUAGCUGCAGAUUUAUAUUAUGAUUAAUAAAAUUAGCACAUAUGA